CAGCGGCAGCGGCUGUUGUACUGAGAAUGGAGGAGUUGAAGAAGCCAGAUCGGCCAUCGUUGAUGGCGAGGGUUUUAGAGAGAGAAAACUAUGAAUUUUAGAGAAAGAGAGAGUACUGGAUGUGGGUGAGUUUGGAGGUUGUAGAGAGAGAGUACUUGAUGGUUUAUUUUGAAAAGGGGUAAUAGUAAAGACGUUAAAUAUUUUAUCAAAUAAAGAAUUAAAUGUAUCAUAAAGUGUCGAUUCAUAAUUUUAUAGACUCAUACUCAUUAAAAUAUUUAAUUAUUUGCUUAUUUGAAAAUUUAAAACCCAUACGUUACAUUUUCCUUUGAAUGGAUAAAAGAGGAAAAACCAAACCCAGCCUUCCCUAUAAAUUCCCACUCCAUUCCUCUCCUUUCUUCCAAUUCCUCAUCCUCUAUUAAACUCUACAAACCCAUUCGUCCCUCUAAAUUCCCACUCCAUUUUUCCAUGGAAAAAGAAAUCCAGGAAUCCGAGGUCAUUUUCCCGGAAAAUGUUGAAGGGGAUGACCAUGACGACACUAAUAAGUGUGGCUUUUCAGGUCAUUUGAAUUCCCGGGUUCCGAGAAAUACAAAGCCCAAGCAGAGGAAUAAGAAAAAUAAUUCUGUUCCUGUGAAUAUUCCGGAAAAGGUCUCCGGGAAUUCAAGGUUUCAGCGCGUGGAAUCGGAUUUCUUCGACGACGACGACGACGAUGGAGGUGAGGUUGUGCCGCCACAUGUGAUAUUGGGUCGGCGGAUUUACGAGGGAAAAAUGGCAUUCUCGUUGUGCAGUGGAAAGGGGAGGACUCUCAAGGGAAGGGAUUUGAGCCAAGUUCGGAAUUCAAUUCUCAGGAUGACCGGUUUCUUGGAAACUUGAAAUGAAAAUGUUUUCUUUCCAUGACUGUUUAUAUCUGAAUUCUUAUUGACUGGAUCAUUUGUGGCAGAAAAAAUGAAAACUGGUAAUUUAUAGAAAGAGAAAAAAAGGAACAUAUCGUUCAUUGA